AUGAGUUAUUCAGAUAGAGAGGAGAAUUUUAAUUAAAUAGAUUUUAUUUUUGAAUAUGAGUAAUAUUCAAACAAACUGAUCGAUAAUCAAAACCAUUAUCAAACAGAUUUUAAAUAAGAAUAACCUUAAAUUACUAUUCAAAGAUUUUAAACUUUAAUGCUUAAUGAAGCUAAUACAAAAAAUAUUCCGAAAACAUUUGGGAAUAAUUUUAAAAAAUUUAUGGAUAACCUAAUCUCAAGGAAUGAUGAUUUAAUUGGUAGAACUUAAAUUUCUUAAUGUAUGAAUGUGUUUUUAAAUAAAAAAAGCAAAGGCUAACAAUCUAAUUACAUCCUUCAAGAUUUUAAAACAUUGUUUAGUAAUAAAAUUUGCAGUAAAUGGUUAUAAUUUUAUAUUGAAAAUUGUGCAUUUUUAGAUUUGAUACAUUCUCCUAGAAUUGAAAACGUAGAGGAAUAUAUACUUUUCAUUGAAUAAUAUUUAGCAGGAGCUAGAGAUCCAGAUAAUUUUAUAUCAAAUCGAUAAUUAAAAAAAAAGAAAGAAGAUAUCAAGAAGUAAAUGAUGAAGGAAAAAUAAGAUGAGUUUUUUUAAGAAUAAGAUUCUAAUAUCUAGUUCGUAGGAUAGAAUUAUGAUUAAUUUUCAAAUAAUCAUAAUAUUGAUAAAGAAAGUGAGUUAGUCAUAAGUGCUUACUAAUCCAUUGGUUAAAAAUUAUGA